CUCACCCCAUUCGAUCUUUUCAAAGUCGAGUAGAUUUGAGAAAAAGAAACAGGUUCCGCCAGAAUUCAUCUUCGACUAGCAACUGCACCCUUGGGUGGAGUCUUGCUCCGGAUCUGGAAUGUGGCAUACCGCGGUCAGGGACAGUACUGACAGGCAAAAAAGACGGGAUUAUAAGGGUGAAAAUUAACGAAAAGACAGUGAAAGUACUGGAUAGUAGAAGCCAUCUGAAAGCGUACACCUGACGAUUGAGACCACCCCCCCUCCCCCUUCUCCAAUUUCCCCCCUCCCCCCCACCCAGGUCCAGUGAUGGCCCAUCGUUCUCAGAGCUCCUCACUGGGGGACAACCCCCUCGACCCCAACUAUUUGCCCCCCCACUAUCGAGAGGAGUACCGAAUGGCCAUCGAUGCACUAGUGGAAGAUGGCAUGGACGGUUAUUGUGGGCUUCUUCAGAAAGUGGGUGUGGUUGAUUUCCUGUCCCACUCAGAGAUUGAACAUAUCAAGUCUACAGUGCAGGCUCCAACCUGCAGUUCUCAGCCAGACCUACCCUACCAGGAGACAGAUGCCGAUGGGUCAUCUGACACUUAUUGGCCAGUACAUUCUGACCUAGAAGCACCAGGCCUGGACCUUGGUUGGCCUAACCUCGCUCACGGCUUCAUUGGCCCCACAGAGGUCACAACACUGGUCAACCCCUCAGACCCAGAAACACCAAGUAUCAAAGAGCAUGUCCGUCGGCUCAUCAAGAAUGCUCAGCAGGUCAUUGCCUUGGUGAUGGAUAUGUUCACAGACGUUGACAUCUUCUCAGAUCUCCUGAAUGCAACUGCACGGCACGUUCCUGUCUACAUCCUGCUGGAUGAACAGAAUGCCCACCAUUUUGUUGCCAUGGUCAAUAACUGCAAAGUGAACCUAGAUAUGUUCAAUUUGAUGCGUGUCCGGACUGUCGCAGGCACCACCUAUUUUUGCCGCACAGGGAAGUCGUUCAAGGGUCAGGUGAUGGACCGCUUUCUGUUGACAGACUGCAGAGCUGUGCUCAGUGGUAACUACAGUUUUAUGUGGUCUUUUGAGAAGAUCCACCGCUGUAUUGCACACUUGUUCCAUGGGGAGCUAGUCACCACAUUUGAUGAGGAGUUCCGGAUCCUGUUCGCCCAAUCUGAACCACUGGUUAUGGAGAAUGCCUUGGUUCCGUUGGGCUCCAGGGAUGGUAACAACUUCAUCAGUGGCCAAUUUGCCACGAAGAGGAGCCAGUCCUUCAGGCACCCUCAAGGGUCCCUCCGUGAUUUGUCAGGGUACUCCUUUGGAGACUGGAUAGACACAGAUCGAAACAUGCACCCAUUCAGAAGAGAUGACUCCUUUCGCCAUAGCGUAGAGCCCAGUCAUAUGCAGUUUGCUAAUAACAAAUUCUUAGCCCAGCAAUUUAGAAUGGAGAGACCUUACAUUGACCAGUCCAGGCCCAUGACAGCUUCGAGGCAGAUUCAGGACAAUGCCUACAAAAGACAUAGCUAUGCAGAGGGGACACUUGAGAGCUACUCUUCUGCACGACAGUUCAUGAAGAACCGUGUCAUGAACAACUUGGAUGAGAUGGACAGUCACGGCAGCUAUCUCCAGAAGGAGCAACAUCUUUACCAGGGAGGAGGGUCUGCAUCAGGGCAAGGCCUCUACAACAAAAUGAAGAGUCAGAGUUACCACCAGCCAGAUGAGUACUCUGACUCAGGGUACUUACUUGAGGGGGACCCACCAGGCACCUACACACGUGCAGUGGAUUACUUAUCUUCAGGUUCCUCCAAAGAAAUCAAACAGAACCUAGGAGAAGCAGGGCGGUACAGUCAGACAAAUACAAAACGGUCAAGUGUUGGCCAGCCGUAUGCCUGCCAGAGCUCCCCCACGCAAUUGCAUCCACCAGAAAACAAACGGCUUUGCAGUGCAGAUGAUUCUGAACGGCAGCAGCAGGACCCCAGUGUUAAGGAGGGCCUGCGAAGCUGGAGGAUCAACUCUUUCCUUAGCAACAUUGAGGAUUCAGGAGAGGAGGGCUUACCACAGCCUAUGGGGCCGGAUGCCUUUGAUGAACCACCCCAGCCCCCAGAAGGGAAGUUAUAUGGUCCAGAAGCCUCAGUGCCCAGGUUCAGCACCAGAGAUCAUCCAAAGGUUCCCACUAAGCCGGAGCUGCUUCCACGCUUUGGCAAGCCUGUCCUACCCAGGGCACCAAAAGAACCACCACCUCGGGAUCUAGGCACUUCUGGGUCAUCAUCUACAACAGAAGGAGACAAAGUGGAGGAUGCAGAGAUCAGUGAUCCCAGAGAAAUCACCCUCACCAAGCACGAGUCUUUCCGCAGCAGGGUGAAUCCCAUGUUGCUAAGAAGCUCAAGGCUGAGGUCCUCCUUGAUCUUCAGUUCCUCCAAGCUGGAAGAGCACAGCUCUGUACUAAUGAAAUCAGGCAAUAAUGAAGAGGACAGUGAUCGCACAAAAACAUCCUCCAUUGUUGCUCAGAUUUUGGAGAAGAGAAGAUCUCUGUCAAGAGAGCCAUAUGAUUGGCGCAAACAAAAGAUGACGGACAUACAAGACACUUCCCAUGCUGAGGUGCCUGAGUCAGAGGAACCCAAUAAAGUUAUAGAAAGUAGUAAAGCGAAUCCAAAUGAGCAUGCACUAGAGGGAAAACCCAAGGUCACAGAACCAGUGGACACUCCCACACCUACAACAAGCAUUGCAACCCCCUCUAGGAAGAUGAGUGACCCAGAAAGCAGGCUCUCAUAUUUUAAAGACCAGAUAGCUAAACAAAAGGCUUCAAGAAUGGCAAUUGAGUCUUCUGUAAGGAGUCCAGAGCCCCAUACUAAAAAGCCUGACCCUUUCGAUACUCCACCCGACAAAACCCUUGAAAAGCCAGCCAUUUCCAUCACACCAGCAGAACCCAUUUUAGAGCCAGAGGUACCAACUAAAACACCAGUGCCAGUGGCUAAAACAUCAUUAGUCACAGUAAAACCAUAUGAACCAGAACCAGCAGAAAAGAUUUCAUCAGAAAAUGCUAUCAAACCUGUUACUGAUGUAAUGAAAAAAGAGGUUACGAAGUCACUGAAGCCAUUUCCCUCGCCAAAGGCAUUCAAAAAGGAAAUGUUGAAACCUUUCAAGAGUACUCAUUCCCGUCAUGUCUCCUGCGGAGAAGAGGUUUUCACAGAUGCCACUGAUGCUGAGAAGAGUGAGUUGAAGAAGUCUCGCAGUCACAGCUCAUCUGGCUUGGGCCGCAUUGAGAUUGGGGAAAAGCAUCUUAAGAAACAUGGUUCCAGUACCUCUCUCAACUUAGUGGAUGGGGAAGGCAAGGCUUUGGAGUUUCUCAAAAAGCAAACUCAAAGACUCAAGGGAUUCCUUGGAACAAAGGGAGACAAAAAAGCAGCAGGGGCAGCAUCUACUGAUGAAAAGACUAAUGCACAGAUGAGCACAGUCCCCGAGGUGUCAGAGGAGCCUGCUCCCAAGGCUCAUGGGGGACCCCAAAGUCCCACUCGAUAUCAGUCGUCCACCUCUAAUGUGCUUUACAGCAGCAACCUCCGGGAUGACACCAAGGUCAUUUUGGAACAGAUCUCUGCUAAUAGCCAGAAAAACAGAAUAGAAAUGGCCAAGCAGGCAGAGGAGUCUAAACAGGGGGGCGACACGGACAGGAAAGUGAUUGGCAAGGAGACUGAGCCUUCCACUGUGUACCACGGCAGGAAGUUGUUCCAGCGUGCUCCCAGUAGCAAUACACAGGAGCGGGACAGUUUGCUGAAGAGGAUUGAAAGUUUGCGCAAAGAGAAGAAAGUCUACAGCCGCUUUGAGAUGGGGAAUAACCUUGGAUAACAAAGAAUGAGGAAGGCUCUCCGCGCUUCUGAAAAGACAGCCCUUCUAUGGCUCCACCUGCACUGAUGUGUUAAUGGCAAGAAUGUCAUUUUCAUCCUUCGAAAUAGCCUGUGCUCUUAAUCACAUCACCAUCUUAAAGACAUCACUGGGAAGUUAGAAUUUAUGGAUUUGUGUGAGGACUGCCAAGGUGAAUCCGUUCCACACACCUGUGGUGUUAGGAAAUGCUGUUUUGUGAAAAGAAUAUGAACAAGGCCUCAUCUACACAGUGUACGUAUAUUUGAAAGCUGCUGCACAGGCACAACCGGGGAAUUUUCCCCUCCCAAAGCUUUCACUUUUCCUGAAUUUUAUGGAUUACAAUUUAACCUUUCUCUACCAUAGUUCAUUUUCAACCUGCCAGCACACCUACUGCCUCCUUCUAAAGUCUGUUGUUGAUAUCAACAGAGACACCAACAAUGUAAUGAACCAUGAAGAGUGUGGGUGCAUGUGCAUGCACAACAGAUGGAUGACACUAACAGUUACCAUGACCUAAUAUUGAGCUGUGCUUACCAAAAGCAACUGAACAAGCACCAGUCAGCAGACAGGCCUGCUAAAGUGGAAAGACAUGGCAAUUCCCACACCUUCGCAUUUUAAAAUAGUGCCACUGAGCUGCUACAGCCCAGGAACAUGAACCCAAGGACCAAUAUUCCUGCCAAGAGCCUGCCAGCAGGGGUGUAGCACUAAAUUCUGGGCCCUGUGAAUAUGCCGUCUUGGUGGGCCCCCUUAAAAUUGUAGACCUUAGCAAACUUUUUAGUCCAGGCCUUUUGAGGUAGUCAGUUCCACCAGUUCCACUAUUCCCACCACUGUGACCCCCCUGACGGUCAGUUCCCUCUAUGGAGUUAAUCUGAUCUUGGAGCACAGAAGGACCUUGAGAGAAGAUUGUUGGAGGCAAAUAAAAAUAUGAAGACUGAAUAAUAAAGAUGGACAAGAAAAACAGAUUGAAUGAGAAAUGAGAAAAAGAAAGGAAGGGGUAACAAAAUAUAAAGAGGGGACAUGAAAGUGAAUUGCAAAUGGAACUUUGUUGCAUAAAACUGAGUAUAAUUUGAAAGGUCUUUAUUAGGCUUAGUUAAACUGAAAACAUUCACACAAGCUCAGGCUCAAACAAUUAAUACCCAUACAGCAUGUGAUGAGGAGUACAUACUUAAUUUGAGAUGACUCAGGGAACAUGAGCAAGAAUGCUGCCAGACAAUCUAUGAACCUGUUUUUGGCUAUUUGGCAUGCAAUAGUAAGCAAGUCACUUACAUUUGAACCAUUUAUCAUUCAAUUUUUACGUAUGCUUAAAAAGUGAAUAUAAAAAGUUUUCCAUGUCUACGCACAAAAAAUUUACAUUUAAGAUUACUCAUUAAAGAAACUAACUUUUUUUUGGGAUUUGUAAAUGAGUAAAAUGUAAGAAUUUAAAUAUCCCCUUCUAGUAAAUUGGUGGAGACUCACAGAGACUACAAUGCUAUUACAACAAAGUGCCUUUAAUAUGUGUUAUAAUUUGUGUGCAUACCUUACGCUCUUGUGGAAAUAACUGGAUUAUGGGAAUUCUGCACUUUGGGAAGGGGCUUUCUUUCACAGCAGGCUUUUUUUUUGAGAGUUUAUUGUAUUUUUACUGUAAUCUAUUUCUACACAUUUUUGAAAUGUUAAAUCAUCAUGUGCCUCUGCCUACAUGAAGCAGUUAUUGGAACAUGCCCAUUAAGAAACCUAAGUGAUUUAAAUACAUCCCCUUAACAAAUGGGCUGGUACAGAAGAAUGUUUGACAUUUGUUGUGUAGCAGAGAGAACCUUAAUUUUGCUCUUCCAACUGAUUGUAUUUCAGAUGUGACAUCUCUCUACCUUGAGGCAGUCACACUAGUGUCCUUUUCCAUGGUAUGUGUGCAUAUGGCACCUCAAAAAAAUACACAGUGUACCCAUACCAUACAUGACCCCUCAGUGACCAAAAGCCCAUUAUUAAAACAUCAAAGCAAUACUUAAAUUGGUGGUGUCUGAUGUUCUGUUAGUAAUACUGGCUUAGGAUAAUAAACUAUUUCUAAACAGUAAAUACUGCCAUAUAUAUUUUGCAAUAUACUACACUUUUGCAUAAGUAGUAUAUCAGAGAUCAUCUCCAAUAAAUGCAUUCAUAUCUGUUUCGUAAUCACUUAAUCUCAGUUCUCCAUUAGCAUACAACACUGUCUUAAAAAGAGAAACAUGAGUUAUUUUGACAUUCUACAUGCAGUGGUCAGGAAAUGCAGCAUUUAUUUCUGGAACAUCUGUCAGUCCCUUUUGUCCGUUAGGCCAAUUUAUCAUAUGUGGGUGGCUCUGCAGUUGAUGGGAGUAUCAAAAAUAAUAUCUUUAAUUUACAAAUGUUUUUGUGAAAUGGCCAAAUGAAUAGUUAUAUUAAAAGUGUCAAAUCUAACAUCUGUAGCCACUGAGGCCACCUGUCACUGCAUGAUCAGCGUGGACACAAUGAACAACUCAACUUUUCUGUCUCAACAUGUAAUAAAUUGUAUUUGCAAGAUCAAA